UUUUAGCUAAAUGCUAGCGGUUCCCUCCCUGUUUCAGGACUCGGAGCGCUCCUCUGAUGACCUGAGCUCGGGCGUGUUCUCGUCCUGUGACGGGCGCGGGGGGGGGGGGGGCUGGACUGGGGCGCUCCGGCCAAUCGGGCGUCUUCCUGCUGCUUUGAUGGUGUGGACAUCUGGAUCGAGCUGGUUCGGGGCGAGUGUUUGAGGAUCAGAGAGCAGCGGAGGGUCAAAGUCGGACACGUUGCCAUAGGGAUCAGCGACCAGGUGUCCCGGAAAGCCUUCACCCUGGAGACCCUGGACCGGAGGCCGGUUCCCUGUGAGGAGGAGGUGAGAGAGUCUGGCCGGUGGCUUUGCUGCGUUUCUGCUCCGGACGGCUGCCAGCGCUGGAGGUGGAGGAUCAGAGACGGCAAGCUGGAGCUCAGGGAAUGAGACCAAACCUCUCGGGUUUUCUGGGGAUUCUUCUGCCGUUUGCACUAACAUCAUCUUUUGAGGAAGGCUGAUUCCACCCUGUGUUUGAUUCCCUUAAACAGGAGUUAAAGGAAGUGAAGGCAGAAAAAUGGCCUCGUUUAAGAACAAACUCACAGAGAAACUCAGUUUGAGUCAGAAAAACAACUUCAUUUUGUCUAAAACUCGAAUUAAGACUCAGUUUAAGUCAGAAAAACAACCUAGUUUUGGCUUAAACUCGAAUUAAAACUCAGUUUGAGUCGAAAAACGACCUCAUUUUCAGGCUGCAUGAAUGCUCUGUUUUCUGCUUGCAGUUUUCAUAAUGAGCUCCUAAAAUAAUGUGUUAUGAAAGCAUGAAUGAGAGCUGUAAGGUUUGGAACAAAUUAAGAGUUUAGGGAUGAAGCCUUAAGCGUGUGGAGAUCUUUGAGUUUUCUGCUAAUAGUUUUUUUUAUAUUAUAUCUUUGCAUUUCUAAUAAUUUCAAAUUCAUUUGAAAAAUCAAAAGAAAUCUGAUUCUCAGCUCUGCUUUGCUUCCUUUUUGAUGUAGAAACUAUAGUUUGUUCUGUCACCUGCUGUAUUUUAGUAUUUCAAAUAACAAAAACCCUCCAGGUCUCCAAUACUUGAACAUUG